AUGAGCGACGUUAAUGUACAGACGAAGGGGCGUCGUCAACAGAAUGGCCUCGCGUGUGAGGAAUGUCGUUCACGAAAGCUCAAGUGUGACAUGGCUGAGCCCCAUUGCGGAACAUGUUAUAAUCUUGGUGUUACUUGCAUCACCAAUCCAUUGCGACGACCACGAGGCCCGCGUAAAGGACACGUCAAAACCCUGAAAUCUCGGAUUGCAAUCCUCGAGCGUCAAUUAUACGGGGACUCCGAGGCCCAUCCAGACACCCCUGAACACAAAGUGGACAAUGGAGAGUGCAGACCCUUGGAGAGAGAUAAAUCGGCGGAAGGGGACAUAAGCGACGGGGCAAUAGAAGAUGUCGAGGCAAUAACCUCCCACGGCUCUGGAGAUUAUAUGGAGUAUCUGAUGAGCGCACAACCGAUUGAGAUUUCGAAGUGGCCUGGCAACAUGUCAUUGGAUUUUGAAAGUGAAUUGGACCAGCAGAUCGAUGCUUUCAACGAUCACACGGCCCUAUCGUCGGCACCGCCUCUAAUGACAAAUCUCAAGCCCACAUCGGGCCCGGUGCUAGAAAACAGCGUUAUAUUCCCAGACUUGAGUCCCAAGCCCUUGCCAAUACCGCCACUUGUCACUCAACCUCCUAUCCAGAUAACACCACUCGAGUGUGCAGAUCUCGAUGACUUGUUUUUUGAACGAGCGUACCUCUUUGCGCCAAUAAUACACCAACAGCACUACUUUGCGCGAGCAGCGAGGGUGUCGCGGAUGAGUGAACCGUUUUCAUGUUUGCAACACGCAAUGCGUACCCUUGCAGCGUCCAUGGGCAGCCAAUUCAAGGCCAUUCUUCCCAUGCUGUACACACGUACAAGCGGGAUGCUGGAUGCUUGGGACCAUAACACGCCGGACGAAGCAAUUCCUAUAGAGAUAGUUCAGGCGCAGCUACUGCUCGCUUUAUAUAGGAUUCUGAAGGAGGAUCCGCGAAAGGGAUGGAGCAGUGCGGGUCACUGCUUUCACCUUGUACACCGGGCGAAAUUAGAUCAGAUAGAUAGCCCCAGGAUACGGCGAUUAUGUCAACUCUCAGAGGUAGAAAUUGAAGAGAGACGGCGGACGUUCUGGACGGCCUACGCCCUCGACAGGUAUGCUAAUCUUGUGCACGAGUUACCCCUUGCGUUGAACGAUCAGAUGAUUCUCACGCGACUACCUGCCACCGAGGCAGCAUUCCAACGACAAGGUGCCAUCAAGACAGAAUUCCUGGCCUCAGCUAUGUCCCAAAAGACGAAGCAGCCGCUCUCCCCAUACGCCAAAUCAAUGGUCAUUGUAACCAUUCUUGCACGAUGCUUAGCACACCGAAAUCAGUGCAAUGUUGAGCGGAUAACGGAUCCCACGUCACAAGAAUAUCUGACACGCCACCGCGCGUUGGACAAGAUAUUGACCCAGGAAAUCGAGACGACAUUAUCCAAUAUCAGCACUGAACUUGAGCCUUAUAAUCCUACCCGUCUGUACAUUGAAAUGAUUGCAGAAGCCGCUAUUUUGGUCCUCUUCACUGCGCUAAGCUCCGUUCCGGAAGGCGCACAAGAUGUGUACCGGGGAUACGAGAAACGGGCCUGCGAGGCGGCAGAGCGAAUACACACUCAGGCGCAGAGGUUGUCCCAACUGGGAUUUUUCAAGGUUCAUCCGUUCACGCCCAUUGCGCUGUUCAUAUGCGCAGGAUUCACUCGCUCGUGCAAGUCAGUGAAUGCAAACGCUACGGAGCAGUUCAAGGAUAUAUCUUCCUCACUGCGGUAUCUAGCGUCUGCUAAUAGUCUCGCGGGAAUGUUUCAUUUCGAGCUCCAACAAAGUGGGUGGAACCGUGUGGAAACGGGCGGGCUAUAA